AUUUAUUAGGUUGUUCGUCGCGUUUUAAAUAAAAAUGACUUCAGCCGGUGCUCCAACAAGAAAUAUUUGGAAAGAUCUGAACUUUCAAGUUCAAAAGGAUGAAAAAAAUAUACGGCUCUGUGUCUGUUUUGCAAAAAAACAGUCUCAAAUAUAGCAACACAGAGACUUAAACAGCAUCGGUAUGUGCAAUAUGUAUCUGCAAACAUGUACAUACAUAUAACUUAAUUUUUCUCGAUCGCUAUUUUCUAGAAAACGUUGCAACUUAAAAAUUGAUGAUUUAGAUGAUGAGUGCACAAUAAUAUAUGAACCAGAGCACUUUGACAGCAGUCAAUUUAUGGAGCUAGAAAAUUCUGGAUCUUCGGUCAUGGAUACGUCCAGCGACAAUAUAACUAUUAUAACUACUGAAUUAACUCCAGCUGCAGCAACAUCAUCAUCGCAACCAACAACGCCAACGGGAUCAGCUUCAUCCUUAUCAAUGUCGACGGAAAACUUUAAAAUACCACCAAAAGCAGCACCGAAGAAAAGCAAGGCGGCAUUAAAAACUUUUUUGACAAAAUAAGCUGUAAAGAGGAGGAUGAACUUAAUUCUUUUGUAGCAAGAUUUUUUUGCGGAUGCAACAUACCUUUGAACGUAAUAGAUGCAAUAGAGAGUUAAUCAGAAAACUAAGACCGUCCUAUGAACCCAAAAUGCCCGGUAGAAAAGCGCUGUCCACAACACUGCUAGAUAAGGAGUACGAAAAACACAUAAGGUCUGCGAAAGAAGAUGUUGAUCGUCAUUCUGUAAUUCUUAUUGAUGGAUGGAAGAAUACUGCUAGCAAUACCAAAACGGUGGUUACUAUGCUCCAUAACAUUAAUGGCAUACAACUUUUUUUAGAAGCUUUUGACGUAUCGGGCGAGCAGGAGACGGCAGAUAAACUCUCUGAGGUUGUGGAAGUGUCUAUAACAAAAGCUAAAGAACUUUAUGACACAAAUUUUUUUGCUGUAGUGUCGGAUAAUGCUGCAAACAUGUUGAAAAUGGGUAGAGGUGUAGAUAUUUGGCAUAGCGAUUGCAGUGCACAUGUUGCUAAUUUGCUAGCUAAAAACAUCGUAGACAAAGAACUUGCUAGAAAAGUGACAAUAGUUUUAAAAGAGUUCCGCCACACCGAUCUGGAGAAAUGUAUUUUGUUAAAAGGUGGCACAAAAAUUAAAAUCCCUGCUGAAACACGUUGGUAUUCGCAUCGAGACAGCUUUGCUUGUUUAAAAAAAAAUCUGUACAUAAUGCGAAGUAUAGUUGCCGAAACUGAUACCAGUAGAAAAAAAUCAAACAGGAAGUAAAAAAUUUGUUGUUUGAUGACGUUUUCGAGGAAGAUGUAGGAAAAAUGAUUUCUUUGCUUAAUCCAGUUUGUGAAUUGUUGAAUAAAGUGCAGGCAACGUCUACGUCGAUUGCUGAUGGGGUUUAUUUAUGGAUUUCUCUUGAACUUCCCGAAGAUCAAACACUGAAGGGAUUUUUCCAAAAGCGAAUUUCACAAGCUUUGAAUAUAUAUGCAUUGUCUGCAUAUUAUCUAAAUCCUUAUUAUGACAGGAAGCUUUUAAAAGCAGAAAACACUGCAGAUAUCACUGACUGCUUGUUUAGUUAUUUGGAUGGAGGCGCUCUACAAGAACUGGAUUUAUUUUUGAACCAAAAAUUUUACUUUGGAGUUCUACUAUCGCUAUAGCUAAAUAGUACAAAGGUACAUAAUUACUUGCUUCUGACAUUAUUUUAUG